ACUUGGUCUCCGAUAUGAGGCCUUGACACAGACAACUCAGAACACUCAAUACUGAGCAUUUUGUUUUAUCUUGUUGAAGAGGCGGCAAGCAAGGAGUAUGCUGAAGAAACAUUAGUUUUCUGUUGUCAUGGCCAUCGAAGACAUGAGUAGCUUGCCUUGGAUGGGGUGUCGACAACGGAGAUUGCGGGAGCAAAAUAGAGGCGGCGCUGAGGAUCAGGUGCCGGACUCGAGCCGAACCUGCAACAGCGGCUCUCUUUUGAACCACCACAGCGGCAGCCCUGCGCAACAGGCACCUCCCGACAACAUGACCGCCCACUUGCCGAGCACGUCAAGUCAGAGAAGAGGUGUCGAGCACAAGCAAAAAGAGGCAUCUUCUCCAGAACGGAGGUUCGAUCCAACGAACGCGCGGCACAGACUCGUCGAUCUCGAGCUGAAGCAGAGGAUGAUGGAGAAGGGGUCGCUGGAACAAUUGCUCUCCUACUUGGUUAGGGGGGCUGUCGAUUGGUACAUGCGCGGUGGGCUUGGCGAAACCCCGACCGCGAUGAAGGCGAGCCUUAAUCAGUAUUUGGCGAGCAAUGACAAGCUACAGAAGUUCAUAGAGGACCACUGCGCGAUCAGAGAGGAGCUGAGGGCCCCGAUGAUGAACUUUCUGAAAAGCUACAGGGAUGCAAGAACAGAAGUUUCACCAGUUCGGAAUCUUGCAACAGCCACCACGGGGUGCAAGUUGUGCUGGUGGAGAAUUCCGGACCAGCAUGAUUUGUAGCGUCUGUCUUGAAGAGGUGGAUGAUUUCAAUGUCCGCACCAUGAAACGGGUGCGCGAAGGAGGAACGGCGAGGAUGAAGCAGAGCCACGGACGCCCUACAAUGUGCGAGUGUGUACAACCCCGCAGUGUCGCAUGGUGUGGAACAGAGACGUCAACGCAGCUCAUAAGAUAGCUUGGAUAUGCAUCUCGAUAGUCACAGCCUGCGGAAGGCCUUUGGAAUUCAAGACGCAGGCUAGACCGGGCUAGAACAGAAUGUACUGUGCGGCAAUCGAGUUCACACAUCCAAAUACGGCUAGGGGUGUGCCAAAUUUUUCUCUGACCAAACUGUACUAGAGAACGUACCACAAGAUGCAUCAAAUUACUCGACAACCAGCCUGUAAGAAGACAGCCCGUUCUUCUUUGCCAUUUCAAGUCCUCUCUACACUUGGACACUGGGCUCAGGACCUCGAUACGAUUACAAUGAUGACAGCAGCCGAGAGAACACCAAGGACGGCCGCUGAUACGGAAAUGGAGUAGAUCCGAGCCACCUACAUAUGUAAGAGUGAGAUGGUGGCAUGUACGCAAGUAUGACGACAAGAGUGGAGAUCAAGGAAGAUUAUACGACGUAACGAAGACAAG